CCCCGCCGUCUCCGAGGCCAAUGACUGACCGCGUCACACGGUAGGGCGGAGAGGACGGCCGUGGCUCGCCCAACCCUGAAGCUCGAGAGGUGGUGGAGGAGUGAAUUUUCUGGAAGGCGACUUGAGAGCGAAGGGCGUCUGGGUAGCGUUCCCGCAAGCCGUCAGCGCACGGGCCGGAGAGGGCGCGUCGGCGGCCGGAAGCGAGCUGCGCCGAGGUCGUCGGUCGGUCGGUCUGUCGGUCGGUGAUCACCGCCCCCCACACACCCACACCCACACCUGCGCCGCAGGAUGAACCACAAGAGCAAGAAGCGGAUCCGCGAGGCCAAGCGCAGUGCACGGCCCGAGCUCAAGGACUCGCUGGAUUGGACCAGGCAUAACUACUACGAGAGCUUCCCGCUGAGCCCGGCGGCCGUGGCGGAUAACGUGGAAAGGGCCGAUGCUUUAAAGUUAUCGGUGGAAGAAUUUGUGGAACGCUAUGAAAGACCUUACAAGCCCGUGGUUCUGCUGAAUGCCCAAGAAGGCUGGUCUGCGCAGGAGAAAUGGACUCUGGAGCGCCUAAAAAGGAAAUACCGAAACCAGAAGUUCAAGUGUGGUGAGGAUAAUGAUGGCUACUCGGUGAAGAUGAAGAUGAAAUACUACAUCGAGUACAUGGAGAGCACUCGCGAUGACAGCCCCCUCUACAUCUUUGACAGCAGCUAUGGUGAACACCCCAAAAGGAGAAAACUUCUGGAAGAUUACAAGGUGCCCAAGUUUUUCACAGAUGAUCUUUUCCAGUACGCAGGGGAAAAGCGCAGGCCUCCCUAUAGGUGGUUUGUGAUGGGGCCACCACGGUCUGGAACUGGGAUUCACAUUGACCCUCUGGGAACCAGUGCCUGGAAUGCCUUAGUUCAGGGCCACAAGCGCUGGUGCCUGUUCCCCACAAGCACUCCCCGAGAACUCAUCAAGGUGACCCGAGAAGAAGGAGGGAACCAGCAAGAUGAAGCAAUUACCUGGUUUAAUGUUAUUUAUCCUCGGACACAGCUUCCAACCUGGCCAUCUGAAUUUAAAGCCCUAGAAAUCUUACAAAAACCAGGAGAGACUGUCUUUGUACCAGGAGGCUGGUGGCAUGUUGUCCUCAAUCUCGACACUACCAUUGCCAUCACCCAGAAUUUUGCCAGCAGUACCAACUUCCCUGUGGUUUGGCACAAGACGGUAAGAGGGAGGCCAAAGUUAUCAAGGAAGUGGUACAGGAUCUUGAAGCAGGAGCACCCUGAGCUGGCAGCCCUGGCCGACUCCGUGGACCUCCAGGAGUCCACAGGAAUUGCCUCCGACAGCUCCAGUGACUCCUCCAGCUCCUCCAGCUCCAGCUCGUCAGACUCAGACUCAGAGUGUGAGUCUGGUUCUGAAGGCGAUGGCACAGCACACAGGAGGAAGAAGAGAAGGACAUGCAGUAUGGUGGGCAACGGGGACACCACCUCGCAGGAUGACUGUGUGAGCAAAGAGCGCAGCUCCUCCAGGAUUAGGGACACUUGUGGAGGCCGGUCUCAUCCCUGAGCAAAUAAAGAGAUUCCCGAGGUGGUUCCUGAGUAAGCUGUUGGUGGCCACCCAGCUCAGUGCUCGGACCUCCUGCUCCUGUCCUCUCUUGUCUCCCUUGGCUGUGGAUUUCCUCCUCUGGCCCAAGCUCCUGUCUUCAGUCAGAUGCUGGUCUUACUGCUCGUUCAGACUAGACACAGUCGGCGCCAUGCUGAUGUUAACAUGGUGGUGGGAAAGAAGGCACAAUUACAGUGAUCAAUCCCAAGGCCACGGGUGUUAGUGACCUUUGAGCAUUUUUGUGCCGGUCACCUCGCUGCUGCUGAAUGAGCCAGCUGUACACAAGCAGAGCAGGAGUGGUGAGUGGCUGUGACCUGUGAAGCGAUCGUGGAAGAAGUGUGGGGAGCAGGCGCCGCCUUCCCGAAUGGCACCAUGCCUUGCCUGCUUCAAAGCUGCGUUCUUGGCCAUUGACCCCUCCCUGUACUCUGCACCUUCACCCACUGCUUGGGACUGUCUGAAGAGAGUCAUUGUUCUGUAUAGUUAGAGGCUGUGAAGUCUCAGGGUGCUAUAUUGGGGGACAGCGGGUGACACAUUGGGGUCUUAGGAAAGGUUCCUGGUGUUUCUAUCUCAGAACUUGGGUGAUGAGUAGGCCAGGUUCUGUUAGGUCAGUUUGUACACCCCGUCCAUGAAUAAGGAACACACUCCAAAAGUAAUGUGAUGACCAGUCGACCACAUGCUGUAACCCUCCAAAUGUCACCUUGGCUUGUGUAAUGCGCAGGGGACACCCGGGGGGUGGGACUUGCAAUUUCAAGGUCUAUGGGUUCUUAUGGAUAGAUCAGUGGGAUUUGGAGCUGACCAGCUGGCUCCCUCUUUUGCACUCUAAACUCACCUGCUUGCCUUAAUUUGUCCCUACAUUCAAGAAAAUUUAGAUCAAUAGAGGGGGUCGUUAAGAUCUUAUCCUGGAUCAUUCAUUGUUACUUGGGGCACAUCUGUGGCUGCAUUGGAACUGGAUGACACUGACUCUCAGUACCCCCAAGACAGGUGACCAGGGAACUUCCAGGUCUCUGCCCAACGGCACAUUAUCGCCUGACACAGCGUGGCCUUGGAGCGGGCUGCUCCUUCAUUCUCUUAGUUCAGGUUUCCGUAUCCUGAAGCUCCAACGCCACUCUGUGGCUGGUAGGGACAGGGGGAAGCUCUCCUUUCCUCUCAGGCCGCUUGCGUCUCCCUGCUGCGUGCUGCCCCAGCCCUCCCCCCUGCAACAGCAGCGCCCCUGGGCUGCUGACCUAGUUGUCUUGAGGUGUGGGACAAGUCAGACUCUGAAUGUAAAAUCUCUAUACUCAAAUGACAUUCUGCUCUGUAAAGACUUCUUGCCAUCUUCAGUAACCUUUUAGAAUGUCCCAUUUGUCCUUUCCAACUUCUCAUCCCCAACCUGCAGGGGGGUUUUUUGUUUGUUGUUUUUUUUUUUUAUUUGCAAGCAG